AUGUCGGUUUGCAGCCCGCCAUUCAAGAUAACGAAGAAGAAGACAACCGGAAACGACGCACUUUUCGCGCGAAAUGAUGUUGGCAGUUUAGACAUUUUUUACAGAGUUUUGGUUUUUGUCUCGCUUCAGAUAAACGGCGCAGAUUGGCUUCAAUCCCCGACAUAAAGCUUAUUUCUUUUUAAACUAAUUACAGUUUAAUCGGAGGACGUGACGUCAGGAUGAAAUACUCCUCGAGGCUGAGGAUAAGGCGAGUUUACGAGUGGCGUGGAAGAUCUUUAAGUUUCAACAGAAAACUAAAAAUAUACGACUAUAACUCUCUGGCCAUCAGCGUGGAGGGUCUCCCGAGGAUCACCAUCAUUAACAUCGGUCAGCACAUCCUCAUCGAGGGCGAGGAUGAAGACAACCCGUACGUGGCCAAAGUCGUCCGGCUGUUUGGUGACGAGAGCGGGAAGCAGAAGAAGGCGACGGUCCAGUGGUUCGUCCGCGUGUCUGAAGUGCCUGCGAACAAACUGAAGCAGCUGGGCAGAGAGCCGCACCCGCAGGAGAUCUUCUUCUAUCAGGGCCGCAGCUGUGACGACGAGGUCAACGCCGAGUCCAUCCUCAGACCCGUGCAGGUGAAGCACGUGGAUGGAAAGGCUCCGUUCCCGGACGCCGGCGACCGAGACGCUCUGUACGUGAAGCUCUCCUGGGACUCUAAGAACUUCCAGGUGGUGGACUCUGCUCUGGUGGACUCUGCUGCUGCUCCUCCUUCCUCCUUCCCGCCUCCCCCUCCCAAACCCUCCCUCCCCCCCUCCCCUCCCUGCUCCCCGCCUGCAGCAGCUCCGGCGUCACGGGGACCCGCUCGCCGCGCCCUGCCCACCCCGGACCCCGCCGUCAUGCGCAGGGUGGCGUCCGGGGAGGUGAGGUACAGCAGAGCCACGGCGAGCGCGGGGAAGCCCUGUCACGCGGCGGAGGCGGAGUCGCUGCACUCGGCCACCAAACUGUCCGCUUCGAAAUGUCUGAGCGCCAGGAGGAGGAACACCACGGCGAGAACGCCCGGCGUGCGCAAGAAACUGGCGCUCUGCAGCCCGGAGAAGAAGACGAUGAGUCGGGACGACGUCCUGGAUCAGCUGCUGGACGAGGAUCUGGAGUCGGAGGUGAUGUUGGCUCAGCGGCUGUCGUCCUCUCCCCCUCUCACUCUGCCCCUCACCCACCGCCUCACCCCCCUCAGGAAGUCCUGCAUGAAGCCCUCCACCGUCGUCAUCAACAGACUGCAGAUCUCCGAGAUGGACAGUCCGCCGUCAUCUGUGGACGACUCCACCAGGGAGCUGUUGGAUAAAAGUCCUCAGCAGGGUGACGUGAUGGAGGCGGGGUUACCGACCGGCUCGGUUAAGACGCCCAGAAGAAGAACCGCCACGCCGAGGGGAAAGUGUGCCAGCAGGGGGCAGAAAGCUACCACUCCUUCUCAGAAAAAAGAGACCAAAAUCCUGAGGGAACCGUCGCUGGGAUCGCUGGCUGAAGUGGACCAUGAAGACUCUCCGAUGCUGCCGGUCACCACGCCGCGGAGCUCGAAGAGGAAGUCUGCUUGCCUGUCGUCGUCUCGCAUCAGGAAACAGCUGAAUCUGGAAGAGCAGCAGGACGUGGACUCGGACGCGGACGACUCGGACGAGUUCGUUCCAUCGAAGAAGGAGCUUCAGAGCAGCAGUGAGGAGGAUGGCGAGGAGGGGGAGUCGGUGCAAGAUAGCGAAGAAGAAGUGAGAAAACGUGGUCGUCUUCCCAGCUCGAAGACGAAGACGACGACUCGCUCCUCGACCAGAACGCCUCGAAAAACUCCCAGCAAGAAGAUCACGCCCGGAACGCCGCGGACUCCUCGUCGAGCAACUCCCAGCAUCCCCAGCAGGUCUCUGCCGGCCCGGCAGCCAGCGAACGUUCUGGAGGAGGCCAGGACGAGGCUGCACGUGUCCGCGGUGCCCGAGUCGCUGCCCUGCAGGGAGCAGGAGUUUCAGGACAUCUACAGCUUCGUGGAGAGCAAGGUCAUGGACGGCACGGGAGGGUGCAUGUACAUCUCCGGUGUGCCGGGCACCGGGAAAACAGCCACGGUGCACGAGGUGAUGCGCUGCCUGCAGCACGCCGCCGACGAGGACGAGAUUCCUCCUUUCCAAUUCAUCGAGAUCAACGGGAUGAAGAUGACCGACCCUCACCAGGCCUACGUGCAGAUCCUGCAGAAACUGACAGGUCAGAAGGCCACAGCCGACCACGCUGCCGCCCUGCUGGAGAAGAGAUUCAGUAACCCUGCACCCAGGAAGGAGAGCACCGUGCUGCUGGUGGACGAGUUGGACCUGCUAUGGACCAGGAAGCAGAACGUGAUGUACAACCUGUUCGACUGGCCGACGCGGCGUCACGCCCGCCUGGUGGUGCUGACCAUCGCCAACACCAUGGAUCUGCCCGAGAGGAUCAUGAUCAACAGGGUGGCCAGCAGACUGGGUUUGACCCGGAUGUCGUUCCAGCCGUACAGCUUCAAGCAGCUGCAGCAGAUCAUCACGUCCAGGCUGAACAAGGUGAAGGCGUUCGAGGAGGACGCUCUGCAGCUCGUCUCCAGGAAGGUGGCCGCUCUGUCGGGCGACGCUCGGCGCUGCUUGGACAUCUGCCGCAGGGCGACGGAGAUCUGCGAGCAUUCGGCCGCCGACCGUUCUGCCACGGGGUUGGUGGCGAUGAGUCAUGUGAUGGAGGCGCUGAAUGAGAUGUUUUCCUCCGCCUACAUCAAUGCCAUCAAGUGUGCGUCCGUGCAGGAGCAGCUCCUCCUCAGGGCGAUCAUCGCCGAGUUUCGGCGGCUGGGAUUGGAGGAGGCCACCUUCCAGCAGGUGUUUGUGCAGCACCAGGCUCUGUGUCGGGUGGAGGGUCUCCAGCCCAUCAGCGUGUCGGAGGGCCUGGCGGUGUGUCAGCGUCUGGGAGCCUGCAGGAUCCUCCUGCUGGAGCCGAGCCGCCUCGGAGUCCUGCAGCGGGUCCGCCUCAAUGUCAGCCAGGACGACGUGGUGUUCGCCCUGAAGGCCGACUGAAGGAUGUCGAGAAUGAUUUUGUAUUUUCAUGUUUACUUCAAUGUGUUUUUAUGGUUUUAAUGUUUUAUCUCUGAUUGAUAUUCAAUUCCAGCCUCUUAAUUUGGGAGAAUAUUUCCUGUAAGAAUAAAAACCUCGUUGGCAUUCUUUUA